GGUGGCAAGCACCAGCGGCUGCUGGGCGCAGCAGGGGACGGCCGCCGCCCCGGCAGCAAAGCGGCUCUUGCCGCCUGCGGCGCUGGCCACGCCGGCCGCGCGGCGCCGGCGCCGGGCGGCGCGCGCGGCGCCGCCCAGUCCGAGGAGGGGGAGGCUCACGCGCGGAAGUGGGACGGGCAGCCACCGCCGCCGGCCCCUGUGCUCGUCAGGCUCGCAGCCGCCGACCUCCAUUCUGGCAGGCUUGCGCUGGGCUGUCUGGCUGGGCCCUAG